AUGGCAGCUUCUUCUUGCUUAUCCAAGGGAAGGCUCGAGAAGGCACAAAGAUCACCAGCUCGAUACACGUGGUCAACUAGCUUAGUACAAGUUGAUGGUCUUGACAAAAAGCCUGUUUUUAGCAGAUCAGACACGGGCUCACCCCCAACAGAGCUAUCACCAAUUCUCGAACCGACAGUUCGUGCAAUUGGAGGACUCUUCGCUUAA